GUUUGAAUUGCCUAAUAUCAAAAUUUGAAAUUUCGACAUAUUUUGAAGGAAAUGGAGAUGAGUCUUUUGAUUUGAAUAGGUACUUAUUUAAAAACUUUGGAAAAUCAUUAAUCAUAUCUAAUUGUAUCGUAUUUAGGAAUCUGAUUGCGUGUAAAAUUUGUCUAGGUAUAACAAUUCAAUAAAGACUCGAAAAGUUUGCUGGGGAUCCCAUUAUCAGCGCUCCUCCUGGGUCAAAAAGUUUAUCGACAUUAUGUAGUAGCGGAAUGUGCAAUAGUGUAAAAAUGGCAUCAGAAGGUGAAACCAUCGAUUACAACAGCCCCUACGCCAACUACAGGUCACCUCUAAGCACCAGAUAUGCCAGCAAGGAAAUGCAGUACAACUUCAGCGACCAGAAGAAGUUUUCUACAUGGAGAAAGUUGUGGAUCGUCCUGGCCAAAGCUCAGAAGGAACUCGGUCUCGAAAUUACCCAGGCCCAAAUCCAGCAAAUGGAAGCUCAUGUUCAUGACAUCGAUUUCGUUGCAGCCGCUGAUGAAGAGAAGCUUACCAGGCACGAUGUUAUGGCUCAUGUGCAUGUGUUUGCUAAGCUUUGUCCUUUAGCUGCGCCUAUCAUUCAUUUGGGGGCUACUUCUUGUUUUGUGGGGGAUAAUACUGACCUUAUUUUACUUAAGGAUGGUUUGGAGAUGCUUGGCAAUCGAUUGGCUGUUGUAGUACAGAAUCUUGCCGAAUUUUGCAAUCAAUACAAGUCACUUCCUGCUUUGGGCUUCACCCAUUUGCAACCUGCUCAACUGACAACGGUAGGCAAAAGAGGCACUCUAUGGCUGUUUGAUCUUUUGCUGGACGAAAGGGCUUUGCGUAGAGCGAAAGAAGAUUUGAGGUUUAGGGGAGCCAAAGGUACCACUGGUACUCAAGCUUCUUUUUUGCAACUUUUCAACGGGGACAAUGAAAAAGUGAAAGCUUUGGACAAACGCGUAUCUGAGCUGAGUGGUUUCCAGAAAUCUUAUCCGGUAACUGGACAGACUUAUACCAGGAAAGUGGACUUGGAAGUUGUAUCGGUUUUGUCGUCUUUAGGUUCUACUAUCCAUAAAAUGUGUUCCGAUCUCCGUCUGUUAGCCAACAUGAAAGAGAUCGAAGAACCGUUCGAAAAAAGCCAAAUAGGCAGUUCAGCGAUGCCCUACAAAAGAAAUCCGAUGCGAUCUGAAAGAUGUUGCGCUCUAGCCAGGCACUUGAUUGCUUUGUUUUCUAAUGCCGCUAAUACGCACAGUGUCCAGUGGCUGGAAAGGACUUUGGACGAUUCCGCUAAUCGUCGGUUGACAUUGGCAGAAGGUUUCCUUAGCGCUGACGCUGCCCUUAUUACUCUGGCAAAUAUUACACAAGGUUUGGUAGUUUAUCCUAAGGUAAUUGAACGAAGAAUCAAUCAAGAGCUACCAUUUAUGUCUGCUGAAAAUAUUAUAAUGGCCAUGGUUAAAAAGGGCGGAGAUAGACAAGUUUGUCACGAAAAAAUCCGUGUCCUAUCUCAAGAAGCAGGCAACCAAGUGAAAAUCCACGGCAAAGAAAACGACCUUUUAGACCGUGUAAGGGCUGAUCCAUAUUUUAAACCAAUCGUAAAUGAAUUGAACUCUAUCCUGGAUCCAUCUACUUACAUUGGCAGAGCUUCUGAGCAAGUAACCGAGUUUUUGGAAACCGAAGUCAAGCCUGUACUAGCAUUGUACGAUUUGGAACAAAUCAACCAACCUGUGAAGCUUAGCAUAUAAUUUUAUUUCAAAAUAAAUAUAUAUUACGUUUAAA